AUGAUCAACAAGGAAACGGAAGCGGCAGAGUUGAGGAAGAAACUCGCACAAGUCAACGAAGAGUUGACCAUGUGGCGAAGGGCAGGCACUCUUAGAUGCAGGAGUAAGCCGUGCCAGGAAGUUUUUAUGACAGAGCAGAGAGAUUCUCUUGCCCGUAUUGCAGCAAAACUCACGAACCAAAACCAUCUCGAUGCAACGCCAGCCGUUAUAUUGCCCUUAGAUCAAACAGUCUAUACGACGUCUUCAAGCACCUCAGCCACGAUGAAUUCAUCCGAUGAUACAUCGAGUUAUCACUCGUUGACGGCCGCGUCGUUAUCUCCUGAUACUGUCAACAUGACCCCUUCUUCACAGCUAGAAUUUCAGUUCCAACCCCACGACCCCAUUGCAACAUUCUCGUCUUCGCAACUUGGAGCAGGAAUAGACAACACAGGCACCUUCGCCCCGGGAAUACACAUGAGCUCAGCCGAGGGCUAUUCCCCAGGGGAGUCUGCUCCCCCACCACACUACAUCUUGUCGCCUAUCGACCAGCAACCGACUUGCUCCAUUCCGAUGUUUACAGAACCUGCCUGGCACUCUGAAGAAUCUCUGGGCCAUCACUAUCAACCUUUGCCUGCAUCAAUGACGACUCAGGUCUCGACGGAAGCGCCGCCGAGGGUAUUGCAUUUCCUCCGGCCUGGGCAGAUAACGCUCUCGAGAAGGCAGAGCGCCCCAGCCUGUUCUCUACCUCUGAUGCCAGGAGAGAAUCCGCCUUUUCGUCUUGAUGGACCGCCCCCUCCGUUGCCGUCCCAUUUAUCAGUAGCUGUGGCGUCGCCGCCGCCGCCUGCUAGCCCUGGCUACACCGACCAGCCGCUGGGUCUGACGGAGGAGCAGCCACAAAUGACGUUCCACCGUGUGGGCGACAAGAAAAAGGGGCGGAUGCAAAUCGCCCAGAGCAACAUCAUACAGCAUAACACUUGCUUCACCAGCGGUUCGGAAACACGGAGCUAUGGCGCUGCGGGAGGAUGGUCGAGUAUGAAUUAUGCCAACACUGGGUUCGGUAUGUGA